UCUUUUCCAAAGCAAGGAUGACUUUAGUAAGGAUCCGGAGGAGCUUCCGGCACGUAUCUCCUCAAGUGGUGCUCUUCUUGCUCUUUGCCUUCUGCCUGCUCAGUGUUUUUGUCUCCGCAUAUUAUUUAUAUGGGUGGAAGAGGGGACUGGAACCCUCAGGGGAUAUCCCGAGCCCAGACUGUGAUGAACCGAAGAUUGCUCCUUCACGCCUGCUACCAAUAAAACCCAUCAAAGUGGUAGAUUCUUCUCGGACUGACCCCUUGGUCCUUGUGUUCGUGGAAAGCCUUUACUCUCAACUGGGACAGGAGAUUGUGGCCAUCUUGGAAUCUAGUCGUUUCAAAUAUCUGACAGAGAUUGCUCCGGGGAAGGGAGACAUGCCUACAUUGACUGACAAGGACCGAGGGCGCUUUGCACUUAUCAUCUAUGAGAACAUCCUGAAGUAUGUGAACCUGGAUGCCUGGAAUCGUGAGCUCUUGGACAAGUACUGUGUAGAGUACGGUGUAGGCAUCAUCGGCUUUUUCAAGG